CGAGUUAUUGCAAAAACAAUUGGUCGUGUCUCUGCAACAGGAGGAUAAUGGAAAAUCUAUGGAUCAACUUUUGAUCUUGAGAGCUGUAUCAAAUGGAAAAGGAAAAAAGAGAUUUGUUGAAACUUGGAAACUCGGUGCACUAGUAAAUAUCUUGGAUGUAACAGAUAUUCAUGGAGAGUUUUAUACUGAUGGCGAUUUUGGUGGUCUGUAUUGGUCAAAGGAUGAGCAAAAAGCUGUUUAUAUCGCAGAACAAAAGGAAUUAGAUGAUUCUGAUGACCGGAAAUUUGAUUACAUACAAUCUUAUGGGGAAAGAUUUAGUAAUAAAUGUAUCCCUUUAAUUGUUGUAUUUAACGUUUCAACAAAUGAAGCAAAAGUUUUACCAAAAUUCGACAAAAUUGAUCCUGGACAGGUUCAAUUUGGCUCGGAAGAUAAAUCUCUUAUUCUUAUUGGAUAUUACAAUGAACCACGACGUUUUGGCAUUGCUGCAUGUAUUAAUCGAGUUACUGGAAUAUAUCAAUGUCAGUUAGAUGGAUCUAACCUAGAACAUCUAAGCAAUUAUGUUGAACAUGCUAGAUCACGGUUAAAUUUGUCAGGAAAUAGUUUAUCCAAUUUUUCAUCAAGGAAAAAUUGUCUUAUUGUACCUAUAGUACGUUUUCCUUCACUAUCUUUUCAUAAUAACUUUCCUGGAAUAUAUAGAGAAAAUAUCCCUUUAAAGGCUUUUAUUACAAUUGAUG